AGCUGCAGAGGGACGUCUUUCGGGAUUAGGAUGGCUGAUGUGGAGCCAUCGCCCUACGGCGACUGCAAAUUCGUCGCUCGAGUGGAGCACAUUAAGACCUUAACCCAGGCCAUCAAGUCAAUCUGCUUUAAUGAUUAUGGCAUGCUGCAAGUCUCCGAAGAUGGCUUGCGCAUCACCGUGGAGCAGGGCAAGUCCAUCCAGGCUACGCUUUUCAUGCCGCCAGGUGCCUUCAUGGAGUUCAGUGUGCAGGACUUCCAGUGCUUCGGUCUGAAAAUGAAUGUGCUGUCCGAGUGCCUCCAACUCUUCGGAUCCGCCGAUUGCAGCAUGCGGAUGAUGUACAGGGAUAAGGGCGAUCCCCUGAGGAUCAUUCUCUAUCCACACGAUGACGAUGACGUGAGCACGGAGUGCGCCAUCAAAACUAUGGACUGCGAUGAGCCAAUCGACUACGAUCAGAAUCUGAAGGAUCCGGAUCUAAAUGUUAUUUUCGUGCGCGGACCAAAUCUAUCGAAGGUGUUCCACGAACUGGAGAAGUCUGCGGAAGAAUUUGAGUUCGUGACAUCGCCGAACCGUCCGCACUUUAAGAUCACCACAGUUGGGAUCAUGCAGGCGGUGUUCAGCGUCGAGGUGGCCAAAACCAGUCCCAUGAUGAUGAUGUUCAACUGCAAACAGACGGUGGUGGCUCGCUACAAGAGCCAGCAGAUCCGCAUAACCAACAAGGCGAUGCAGUCGGCCACCAAGGUGGCCAUCAAAACCAACUCCGUUGGCCUGCUGGAACUGCAUCUGGUGAUGCAGGGCGAUGGCCAGGAUGAGAUAUUCAUUCAGUUCUUCAUAAUUCCUUUGCUUAACACUGAUUAAACCGGGACUAGAAGCUACCUAGCUUAUAAAAUAUAGCUUUACAAUGUUGUUAAAACC